UCAACUAAUCACAUGACAAGGCAGAGCCACUGCAUCUGCUGCUUUGGAGCUGUCAAAAAUUGUCAACAGCAGACUUAUUGUCGGAUACACUUCAGCAUAUGAACUCUUCUUCGUCUGGAGGGGAAGGAAUCAUGAAGCUAAGGAGGCUAACAUUGUACACAUUGUGACCAGCGGGUUGAAGCUUCAUUAUGCCGCCCUUCACUUUCUGGUAAACAACAAGGCUUCCAGCUCUCAUCAUGGCCUCCAGCUACCCACCCCCCUUCGAGGGCACAGGUGAAGUAAAAGAGGGCUUCCUUUGCCCAUUGUGCCUGAAGGACCUGCAGUCUUUCUACCAACUCCAAGGCCACUAUGAGGAGGAGCACUCAGGGGAUGACCGGCAUGUCCGAGGCCAGCUCAAAAGUUUGGUUCAGAAGGCAAAAAAAGCCAAAGAUAAACUUUUAAAGAGAGAUGGAGAGGACAGGCUCGACACGGGCAGUUAUGAGUCUUUCUACUAUGGUGGAGUGGAUCCUUAUAUGUGGGAGCCUCAGGAACUGGGAGCAACAAGAAGUCACCUGGAUAUCUUUAAGAAACAUCGUGCUGCCAGAAUAGAUCACUAUGUCAUUGAAGUCAACAAGCUCAUCAUUAGACUGGAGAAGUUGACGUCAUUUGACAGAGUCAACUCCGACUCGGCUAAGAUCAGAGCGAUCGAGAAGUCCGUGGUGUCUUGGGUAAAUGACUCUGAUGUCCCGUUCUGCCCCGACUGCGGAAACAAGUUCAACAUCCGCAACAGGCGGCACCACUGUCGCCUCUGUGGCUCCAUCAUGUGCCGAAGAUGCAUGGAGUUCGUCCCCCUACCUUUGGCCCAGAAGCUCAUUUACGGGACUCGGGAGGCUCUGUGUGUCCCUGGAAGUCCCGGCCAGACCCAGACUCUCCCUGCUGGAGGUGGCAGCAGUGGUAUGGGCUCGCGCAGAGGCAGUAUCAGCAGCUUGAGCAGUGUUACCUCAAUGCUGGAGGAAAAGGAUGACGAGAAGAUCCGCUGCUGUCACCACUGUAUGGACACGCUGCUGAAGAAACAGCAAAAGUUAGACGAGAAGGACAACAUUCCAGACAUAGUGAAACUUUAUGAGAGGUUGAUGAUGUGCAUGGUGAAGGUGGAUGAAAAAGCUCCUGACUAUAUUCGAAUGGCUGAAUCUCUAAACGCCGGAGAAACCACGUACAACCUGGACACUGCUGGUGGACUAAGACUGGAGGUGCAGAAAUACUACGAAUUAAUCGAUGCUCUGAGUAAGAAGAUUUUAACACUUGGGCUUAAAGAUGAACCCCCACCCCACCCAAAGGCGCUACAGCUGCAGAAGAUGAUCCGCUACUCUGCUACACUCUUUGUCCAGGAGAAACUGUUGGGACUGAUGUCUUUACCCACUAAGGAGAAAUAUGAAGAGCUGAAAAAAAAGAGGAAACAAGAACAGGAGCGGAGACUCCAGCAAGAGAGACUGGCUGCCCAGGAGGCUCUGAAGAGGAGGCAGGAGGCUGAAAAAAUCUGUUCUCCUGCUAAUGGCGAGCUGCCUCAGGCCCGGAGAGCCCAACGCAUGACCAAAGCCAGCGGUUGGUUGCCCUCCGCAGAGUCCGUCCAUUCACGGAGCGAGCUGGAAGACCCCCUUCUGCAACAGAUCCAGAACAUUCAGUCGUUCCUUCGUCAGGCACGCGAGGCCCAGAAAGCCGACGAGGUAGCCAUGUUGGAGGAGAACCUGCGUCAGCUGCAAGACGAAUAUGACCAGCAGCAGACCUGCAUUGCCAUCGUGCUCUCAGAGAAGCUGGCAAAAGAGGAAAGCUUGCAGCAAGGGGAGCUCCAGCGCCUUGAGGCCCAGGAAAUGGAAGAUAGGAGGCAUUGGGGUUCCACUGUCAGCUCCACCCAGCCCUCCAUCAACUGGGAGCCCUCUUUGGAUAUCAGCCAGGCGGGAGGCUGGAAGGAAGACGAGGGCACGGCAGACGAUAUCUUAACUCCUAUAGCUGAAACAAGUGCCCUUGCUGUCACAGAGCUGCUAACCCUAACAUCCCAAGAGGACUCCCCACCCAGACUGAGGAGCCUGGGAGGUCAUAUAACUCCCCCUGGUGGAGAAACCAAAAGCAGCAGCCCUUUAAACCCAUUUGAAGAAGAGGAGCUUACUCCCACUGAGGAGGACUCUUCUAACCCCUUCUUUGAGGACAUCAAGAGGGAGCGCAGUGGGGUAACAAAUGGUAAGAACGAAUACAACCCGUUCGAAGAAGAUGCAGAUUCAGAGGAGGCGAAACAGCCUGACACUGCUCUGGGGAACCCUUUUGAGGAGGACAACGCAGAUGGGAAUAAUCCUUUCAUGGAGGCUCCUGGGAAUUCGCCCGACGUCUCCACCAACCCUUUUGAUGGGGAGGACGACGACGACUUGCCUGACGUGGACAUGAUAGAAGAAGAGCUGUUGCUGCAGCAGAUCGACAAUAUUAGGGCCUACAUCUUCGACGCAAAGCUCAACGGCCGUCUGGACGAAGUCGAGCUCCUGUCGGAAAACUUGAGAGAGCUGCAGCGCACCCUGCAGGAGCAGAAGAAAAAGAAGCACUGACUCUCAAACACCUGCUUCAAACCAAGUCACUAUAGAUGAGUCAUUAACCCACUAACGUUACUUUGGAUUAGGUUUAUCAAAUACACAGAGAAAUUCUCUUAAUUCAAUUACAUUAGAGUACAAAUGGUUUCCUGAGCUGGAAUCUGCUCCAGCGUGCACAUGGUUUAGCACUGAAAGGUAACGCUCAUUUGUACAGGCAUGCUAAAAACACAAACAUCUGAAUUAAGGUCAAAUCCAGAAGCCAGUCUGAGUUUAAUCUGUGUUCUCUUCAAGAAUUAUUAAGGUUUGAUUUAAAUCUUUUGCAACAAAAAAAAAAAACUUUAACGAUAGAAACUUUAGCAAAGCGUUUUUUUUUUUUUUAUAAGAGCUUUCCUCCAGUUGAAGGAUUAAUUGCACUUUGGAAAACACUUUUGGAUCAAAGAUGAACACUUUUGAAGUUUUAGUAAGUACUAAAAAAUUUCCACAAUGUUAACCAACUGCAACUUCCAUAACUAUUUACACUACAAUGUGAUUAUCACUAGAACAAAGUAUUUGCUAACUAGGUAAUAAAUAUGUGAACAAAGUUUUGUUUUUGAAUAAAGCUCUGAUCAAAAUGUAGGUGUUCAUGUUCAAAGUGGAUUCAAACACUUGACUUCAGCACUCAGCCCCGCCCCCUAAGAGAAAUUCCAAUGAAUGUAACUUUGGCGUCACGUGUAAUUUCUUUUCUCUUUUUUUUGAUAAAUACAACUAAAUUUAAAAACUUAAAAACCUUGAUGGCUAACAUGAAGAGACUAAAAGGUUUAAAUGGAUUCAUUUUGGAUUUGUUUCCAUCAUUUAAAGUCUCGUUUGUAAGCAUAAAAAUGCAUGUGAUUCCACUGAGAGCCAAGAAACUGUUGGUGUUUGUGCAAGCACACAGGUCUGCAAAUGGCCAUCACAUUUUUAAGUGUCUUAAAGUAGUCCUCUUGGUUUUUUUUAAUGUGCAGGUUGAACACAUCUGUUAAAAAAUGUCAUUCUGGCUGUGUGUUGUCAGUUCUGAUGUUUUUGUGAUGUAUCUGUUCAAUGGUUAAUGGAAUACAUUCAAAGAGCAGCUCAGUUACUGGGUAAACAUUGACAUGCUCAAUUCAAGAAGAACCCAUUCAUAUUUGAGUCUAACUGUUCAAAUGAUGAACAGCUUCAACCUUUUUCCAGCUGAUAAAUACUAACACUACAUGAAUGCCAGCAAGUAUUUUGGAUCAGUGCUGCUCACUCUAACCGAACUCAAAUUUUUUUUUUAUGUCAGUUCAGUCCACCGGUGUUAAGAAACCGACAUGAUAGCAUCUUCCUGCUCUGCUCUUUCGAGGCAUCUACCACACGCAAAUUAAGUGGAAUUUGAUAUGAUUUAGUGAGUUUCUCAGCAAGCUUUUUCAGUAUUUGUUAGUUUAUUUUAGUUAUGGAAAUGGCAUCUCUGCGUUUAAGAUUGUCUGCACAAUAACCAUCUGAUGUUCAUCUUUAGAAAUUGUCAUCCUGGCACUAAUAAAAACAAUAUUGUCAAUGA